AUGGUAAAUAGUUUUAUUUUAAGUGUUUUAGUAACAAUAGUUUUUAUUUCUAUUACUCAAUCAUUUUGCUGUAAAAAAAAAGAUAAUAAUAGUAGAAGGACAAUUGAAAUUAAAGUGUCAAAUCCACAACUUAUUAAUCCACGUAGUAAAGAUGUAAACAGUAUUAAGUCAGAAAAAAGUAGUGAACAACUAUCUAAAGAAGAAAAGAAAUAA